GAGGAGAAAGUACGCGAAGCCGAAGACCUCAGCGCAGGAACCCGCGCGGCCGCGGCCGCCAGCGACAGUCGCGCCUGCGUUUUAUUCGCGAAAUAUUCGAAAUGUCAUAACGCUGAAUUCGAGAGGAAACGUCGCGAGGAAAUGCCGCGUAAAUAAAUACCUCGGCGACGAAUCGCGACAGCCGAAAACCGACAAUGUGCCCAUGGAGAUCAGUGGCUAUAUUUUUUGUGCUCACGCUAAGCUGUUUGGAGGGUAGGAAGAUCACGCCGCAGGAUAUACAUGAUAACCAUGUUUCCACGGGCAACAGAUCGUCAAGGUUUUUAUUCGACCAAAUCUUCGGUUUGGAAGUACCUCUGUUGGAGGAGCAGAGCGUGGAAGAUGACGAGGAAGAUACCCAGGUCAGGAAUUGUUCCUGCGAAUGCGGCAGAGCAAACCCACUUCCUAGAAAGUUAGAGUGCGGUGGGCCGAACCAGGAGAACCGCAUCGUGGGUGGAAUGCCGGCUGGUAUUAACCGGUACCCCUGGAUGGCGCGGCUCGUAUACGACGGGCAGUUCCACUGUGGAGCCUCGCUCCUGUCUAAGGAGUAUGUUUUGACAGCGGCACAUUGCGUUAGAAAACUCAAACGAUCGAAAAUCCGAGUAAUCCUGGGCGACCACGAUCAAACGGUGACGACAGAGAGCGCCGCCAUCAUGAGAGCCGUCACCGCCAUCGUGCGACACCGCAGCUUCGACGCCGAGUCAUACAACAACGACAUCGCGCUGCUCAAGCUGCGCAAACCCGUCAACUUCUCCAAGAUCAUCAAACCCGUGUGUUUGCCUCCAGCAAGUGUAGAGCCAUCAGGUAAAGAGGGCAUCGUGGUCGGAUGGGGCCGUACAUCGGAGGGUGGUCACUUACCCGCAAUUGUGCAAGAAGUACGGGUGCCUAUUCUGUCACUCACGCAGUGCCGGGGGAUGAAGUACAGAGCAACGCGAAUUACUAACAACAUGCUUUGCGCGGGUCGAGCGUCCACAGACUCUUGCCAAGGCGACAGCGGCGGUCCAUUGCUUAUACAAAAUGGAGACAAGUUUCAAAUCAUAGGUAUAGUAUCGUGGGGUGUCGGCUGUGGUAGACCUGGGUACCCUGGAGUUUACACUCGGAUAACCCGGUACUUGCCCUGGCUAAGGGCGAACCUGCGAGACACCUGCCUUUGUGGCAAUUAAUCAUUUUAUU